AUGUCUCUCUUACUUACUUUACCAUUACUGUUUAUACAGUUUUUACUUACUAACUGUGAUAAUUUACCAUUCAAUACUUCGAAUUGUUCUCUAUCAUUUAUUAUUCUAGCCAAUUAUCAAUCAAAUAUAAUUCCAACUAAAUUUCCUAUUGAAUUUAUUGCUAAUUAUAAUUUAACAUGUAACAUUCCAAAUUUAACAGCUUAUUAUAAAAUAAUACCUUUAGACAUUCUUAUUAUUGGUUCUUAUGAAGCCGAAAAUGAAUCUAUCAAAUCGAUGAUUGAAUUAUAUACAAAAACAUUUUAUUUUAAAAUAAAUCAACCAUCAACAAUUCGAUUAUGUGUUUUAUCAUCUAAUAAUGAUGAUGAUGUUGAUGAUAAUGAUUAUCAAAUAUGUAGACAAAUUCAUAUUGGUAUUAAUACUUUAUAUAACCUUUGGAAUUUACCAAUGAAAGUAUUUUAUAUUCUUUUAAUAUCUUCGGUGGGAAGUUAUCAUGUUUUAUUUUUUCUACGAGAAAGAUGGCGUAAAGGUUGGAAACCAUCGAAACCAACACGUCCAGUUAUAAAACGAGCAUCAAUCAGCGAAACAAAACAUGACACAUUUGAAAAUGAAAAAGUUAAUGAAGAAAAUAUGUCAGGUGAAGAAGAUGAAGUAUAG